GAAAUCACACAAACCCAACCACAAAACCCUAGCACUGUAAGCCUACACCACCGCCACAAGGAGUGGCAUACUGCCGCCGUCCGUCGCACUCAAAGUUCGCCAUCCGUCAUCUAGCUUCCCUCGUGCUCCAAGUCUUCAACCCCUGUUCGCUGUCACCGAUCGCGGUUGCUUCCUCGAGCUCGGCGUCCGUCGUCUUUGUCUGCUCAGCCGCGCUUCCGUCGCCGUUUGUUUGCCGUUCACGUUCGCGUCUUCGUUCGCGUUCUUCGCCGUUCGCGUUCGCUCGGCGUUCACCGUUCGCGUUCACUCGCUGUUCACCGUUCGAGUUCGCGUUCGUCUGGAAGCCACGUUGCUCUGCUUCAAACUCUGCGACCAACCCGCGCCUCCACUCAGCCGUCGAACUGCUCUCUUUUGUCCCCGCCCUCAGUCUCUCUACCAAACGCUAUCUCAGUCUCAGAGAAGAAAAUGGCGAUGUUGGGUUCGUUUCAACGCGCACGAGCCACCAUGCUUUCUUCUUCAUCCCUCAAGCUACGCCUCUGCCUCACUAACACUUGCAGGUCUCUAAGUACCUCCGCACUUCCAACCAACGACUUUCACAGAUUCCCUCCCAACUCUGAUCAUAACCGCCAUGGUGUUGAACCCACUUUCAGAGAUUCCUCUCAACAUUUCAAUCCACAAACCCAAAAUCACCAUGGAAACCCUCAUCCUAUCAAUAAUUUCCCUCACCAGAACCAGAAUCAGAACCCCUAUCAACCUCACAAUGCGACUCGUCAGUUUCCCGAGCGGGGUCAAAACCAUACUCAUAAUCAGUGGAGUCAAAACUAUCCUCAACAGAGACCAACACCACCACCCACAUCCCAAAAUCAGAACUUUCAGCCACCCCAUUACCAAAAUCAAUGGAACAAUCCGAACCAGGGUAACCCUAACCAAUGGAACCCUAGGAAUCAAGGCUAUCCACAACCUCCCCAAUUUCGAAACCCUAACCAGUUCAACCCACAAGGUUCUCUACCAGGGCAAGCUCACGUUCCCGUAGCUCCUCCUCCUUCUCCUCCUCCUCCUCCUUCGCCAGCCCCUUCAAUUGUUGAUUUGAGACGUGUGUGCCAGGAGGGGAGGGUUAAGGAAGCAAUUGAGUUGAUGGAGAAAGGGGUGAAAGCCGAUGCUUCUUGCUUUCAUUUGCUCUUUGAUUUUUGUGGCAAAUCCAAGUCCCUUGAGGAUGCCAAGAAGGCACACGAUUACUUUCUGCAAUCAACUUGCAGGAGUGAUCUCAAUUUGAACAACAAGGUCAUUGAAAUGUAUGGGAACUGCAAGAGCAUGACUGAUGCACGAAGGGUGUUUGAUCAUAUGCCCAACAGGAAUAUGGAUUCUUGGCACUUGAUGUUGCGCGGUUAUGCCAAUAGCACAAUGGGGGAUGAUGCCUUGCAGCUGUUUGAUCAAAUGAAUGAGUCCGGUUUGGAAAUUUCAUCGGAGACUUUGCUAGCUGUGUUAUCAGCUUGUGCUAGUGCUGAGGCUGUGGAAGAUGCUUUCCUUCAUUUUGAGUCCAUGGAAAGCAAGUAUGGGAUUAAACCUGGUUCGGAGCACUAUAUGGGGCUUUUGGAUGUUCUUGGACAAUCUGGAUAUCUCAAGGAAGCCGAGGAGUUCAUCAAGGAGUUGCCAUUCGAGCCCACAGUGACUGUUUGGGAGACUCUGAAGAACUAUGCUCGAAUUCAUGGGGAUGUUGAUCUUGAAGACUAUGCAGAAGAGAUAGUGUUGAGUCUUGACCCAUCAAAGGUUGUUGCCAAUAAGAUCCCCACGCCACCGCCAAGGAAGUACACUGCAAUUAACAUGCUUGAUGGCAAGAAUAGAAUUAUUGAGUACAAGAACCCGACGCUUUACAAGGAUGAUGAGAAGCUGAAAGCUUUGAGUGGGAUGAAGGAUGCUGGAUAUGUUCCUGAUACAAGAUAUGUUCUUCAUGACAUUGAUCAGGAAGCAAAGGAGCAAGCAUUGUUGUACCACAGUGAACGUUUAGCGAUUGCUUAUGGCCUCAUUAGUACUCCACCAAGAACACCUCUUAGGAUCAUCAAGAAUCUUCGAGUGUGCGGUGAUUGUCACAAUGCCAUCAAGAUCAUGUCUAGGAUUGUAGGGAGGGAAUUGAUUGUUAGAGAUAACAAAAGGUUUCACCAUUUCAAGGAUGGAAAAUGCUCUUGUGGGGAUUACUGGUGAAGGAAAGCAUAUAGACUCCAAAUUCUACUAAUUCUACUACAAUGAUAUGAAUAUAUCGUUAUGCUAUUUGGUGGUCCCUUGUGUACAAAGAAAACAAAUGGAGGCUUCAAUAGUGAUAGGGCUAGGAUAUUAAGUAUGCACUUACGCGGUAUGCAGUGAUUUAAACAUGUAUUUUUGCUUCCUGUUUUAAUAUUCAUCAAAUUCAUGUUGCUCUCUCCAA